GAUGUGGGAGGUAAGAGAGAGAAAAUGGUCAUGGUCUCUUACUUAUGAUCGUCAUCAUCACCAAUUUACUCUCUCUUUCUCUAUUGGUAUCACUAUUUUUCGCAUUACAAUGUAGCUUUAAUGUCGUUGAUGAGUUUUCCCUCCGAUGAAGGAAAAAAAUUGUAUCAUUGACAAGCGACAACGGAAUCGAUGUCAAUAUUGUCGAUAUCAGAAAUGUCUCAUGAUGGGAAUGAAACGAGAAGCUGUCCAAGAAGAGCGACAACGGAAUAAGGAUAAAAAUGAUAACGAAGUUGAAAGUACAAGUACAAGUCAUAACGAUAUGCCAAUCGAGAGGAUCUUGGAAGCGGAACUACGAAGUGAACCUCGAAAUGAUGAUCUUGAUCUCAGUGAUCCAAUUACUAAUAUUUGGCAAGCAGCGGAUCGUCAAUUGUAUCAGCUGAUUGAAUUAAAUUAAAUUAUAUCCACAGAAAGAAUAUUUGGUAACAUUGUAAUGCAACGAUGACUCUAAAGCUAGUUUAAAUUCUUAUUAAUAUGAUUUAUAUUAUUUAUACAACAAGAAGAAGAAAAUGACCAAUUGCGAUCACCAUCAUCACUACCACCAUCGACAUCGGAAUGAACAUAUGCAAUUUCAUGUAUUAGUUUUGAUUGAUUUACAAAAAUAGAUUAACUGAUCAUUGGAA